AUGUCCUACAACAAGCGCUCUAGGGCCGCCUUCGAGUCCGACCCUACCGCUCCACCCCAUCAUGCCCCCUACGCGCUCUACGGCACGCCGUUGCCCGCAUACGAUCCCGAAGCUCGAGACGAUGGCAGCUAUGUGCCAGUCUGGAAGCAAGAGGUGACCGAUGAGCGCGGCAGGAAGAGGCUACAUGGUGCCUUUACCGGAGGCUUUAGCGCUGGCUACUUCAACACGGUAGGCUCCAAGGAAGGAUGGACUCCCAGUACAUUUGUCUCGUCUCGUUCCAAUCGUGCCAAGGACCAGCAAGAUGGCAAGCACAAAGGUCAGCGGGCAGAGGACUUUAUGGACGAGGAGGAUCUCGCCGAGCAGGCCGAGUCGCAGAAGCUGGAAACUCAGAACGCGUUUGCUGGGCUGGGGAGUACAGGUGGAGAUGGAGGCGUUCGCGGCAUGUUCUCUGAUCUCUUCAAGAGUACCGGCGAGACCAAGGGUGUCAAGCUCUUGCAACGAAUGGGAUGGCGUCAAGGUCAAGGGAUUGGCCCCAAGAUCAAGCGACGAGCGCAGGGCGACAAGACAGGUGAGAUUCACCUCUUCGCUCCUGAAGACUCGCGCAUGAUUGGGUUUGUCAAGAAGACCGAUCGUAAAGGAUUGGGCUUCGCCGGAGAAGGCAGACUGAGUGGAGGAGCCGGCGCCAACACGCACAAUGAAGACGACGAGGACAGCGGAGACGAUGCCAGAAUAUUUCGAACCAACCGUUCCAAGGUAGCAACCAAACCAAAGCCGCUCAAGAAGUCCGGCUUUGGAGUGGGCGUGUUGAACGAUGACGGAUCGGAUGACGAGGAUCCGUACUCAGUAGGGCCCAAGAUCAGCUACAACCGAAUCAUUGGCGCCGACAAGAAGAAAAAGAAGGGCGGCUUGGUGUCGAGCACUGCUAGUCAGUCCAUAAUUAGGCCUGGUGCAACCUCGAAGAAGUUGGCACAGAGGACAGCCAAUCUCUCGAACUUCAGAAGAUGCCACGAUGGUCGAUUGCCGCUGGAUGGCUUUGUUCUCGCGGCGGCAGCACUCACCAUUGAAGACGAUAACAAGUAUCCACCACCUAGAGUACCUGCAGAUUGGAAACCAUUGAAGCUAGGCAGAGAUGCCGAUGGCACUCCGGCCACGUAUCAGUCUACCGCAGAUGCAGCCAAAGCCUCCACAUUGGACACCAAAUCUCGCGCAGCUCUUCUGGGCGAACAGCAACUACCAGGCAAAUCCAUCUUCGAUUUCAUGAAGCCAGAAGUUAGAGAUCGGUUGGCAGCAGCAAGCGGCAGGAGCGACCUUCCCCGUGGUCUUGGUGAGGGUGCCCCAGCUGGCUUCGAGCAAAGCGAGGCAGAGCAGCGUCGUACUCUCUGGGAUCUCGUCCCAACGCUGGACAAAGAAACCGCGGCGGCGGCUCUCUAUCGUGGCAGGACCGGCUGGAUGCCAUAUGCCGAAGAUCCAGACAAGCGCGCACGAUACAAGUACUUCCUGGAACUGAGUGCAGGCCUACAAUCCAAUCUCCCUGAACGACCAAAGACAUUUUCACGCGAUGAAUGGACGAAGGAAUUGAAGGAGUUCGCCGACGCAGCGGAGAUUUUCAAGCCUUUAUCGGGAUCCAUGGCGGCGCGCUUCACGACUUCUACAUCUGCAGGUCCGAAACCUGCUUCUGAUGCUCCUGAUUCUGCUCCUUCUCUGCCUGCCAGAGAAGAAGAGCCCGCGGAGAAAGCUGCGAAGAUGGGGAUGUAUGGACCUGUGACUCGUUCGAGGCAACCGUUCUUCCCGACUAGGUUGCUCUGCAAACGAUUCAAUGUGAAGCCCCCGCCGAACGUUGCGGCGGGUAGUUCUGCUACUGGGGGAGAAGGAGGAGAGAUUGUGGAUGAGAAGAGAAGGUUGGAUGUUGUUAGUCAGGCUAGUCUGGAUCGGAUGAUGAUGGAGGCUGGGUCGAAUUCCGUCUCUGGAGAGACGGAAGGAGGAACACAUGAACAGCAGCCUGCAAGAAGUGCUCAUCGGCCUGCUGAGGUUAAUGUGGAAAAGAAUGAUGCGCUGGAAGGCCAGAAAGCUGGAGAUGAAGUUUUCAAGGCCAUUUUCGGGAGCGAUGAUGAAGAUGAAGAUUGA